UAUAGUAGUAGAAUCUACAAACAAUAUUGAGAAGCUUGUAUAGAGCAUAAGGGAGAAAAACAUAAUGAUUUUUAUUGCUCAUGUGUGUUAGUCCAUAACCACUGAACCAAGGAGAAUACUUUCUAGUUUCCUUCAUUCACCUGGAUUUCUUCUAAGUGACUAUGUAUUGAAUUGAUAUUUGGUGACCUGUUAGUGAUGGUCACUAUAAGGACAAGAAAAGACAACACUAAUAUCUGAUUAAAGAAUUCCCUCCUGGGAAUUCAUUUGGUCAUCAUGCAGCUCUUGGAUUUGAGCAUUGGAUCAUAGUGUAUAACCAUCAUGAUACCAGAAUAACUGUCACAGACACAGGUAUCUUCUUUAGGAGUUUAUACUACUAGAAGGUUGAAGGAAUAAAGGAAGGGAAAUAAUAGGAAAUAAAGGGAAAAAAUAGAGGAGGAUAAAAGGACAGAGAGACAGAGAGACUGAGAGAUGGAGAGACAGUCAGACAGAGAGAUGGAGACAGAGAGAGAGAAAGAGAGAUAGAGAUGGAGAGGCAGAGACAAUAACAGCAUGAGAGAGAGAGAGAGAGAGAGAGAGAGAGAGAGAGAGAGAGAGAGAGAGAGAGAGAGAGAGAGAGAGAGAGAGAGAGAGAGAGAGAGAGAGAGAAUCUGCCAUAGGACUACUGGCUAAAUUUAAUAGAUUGCAGAGCUAUCUCUAAUAAUAUUUCAGUGAUCAGUUUCAGGGACUAAUAAUUUGCCAAAAAACAUGGCGAGGCUGAUUCUAACCCCACCCUUAGUAAUUUCCUUAUUCAAGGAGUCACAGAACUCCCUGUAUUAUGGAGAAUUCAAACAAAGGAAUAAGGUCUUUUUUCCACUCAAAUCCCAAUGUUACUCACCUGGAUCUUGCCAUAUAAACUGACACUAUUUAGGUCAAUCCUGACUCUAAGGGAGAGUGUCAGAGAUCCCAUUUCUAAUACUCUAAUUUUUGUGCCAGUACAGAGGCACUUUCCAGAUAAAAUGCAUGGAUUUCUUGAGAUGUACUGCAGAAGAAAUCCCUCACAUUAUUUACAACUAUCUUCAUCUUCUGGAUAAAUGUUUGGGAUUAACAUAACCUGGAUUUCUUGAGUUAAGUAUUAAACAAAUCCAGUCUCUAAGCAACAGGUUUAUUUUGUCAGCCACAUUGGGCUAGGUUUCAAUAAUGCAGCAAUGUUUUCCCAAAACCCUUUAUGUUUGAUAAUAUUUAUGAUGAAAACAGGUGGCUUCCUUUUGCUCAUAUCUACUGUUUAGGAACAAUAUGGAUCAUAGAGUGAACUCAGGAAUUAAAAAUAGCAAGGGAAGAUGAAAGGUGGGCUAUGAAUAUAGAUGAAAAGAAAAUGUAUGGGUAAACGCAAAAAUGGUUAAAAAACAAACAUCAAAGUACAACAAAAUACAUUUUGAAUUCUUUGUGACAACUGCUUUUGUGUCUAUCUUUUUCUUAAAGAAGUGAGUGGUGUGGAAUGGGAUUGUGGCUCUACACAGAAGUUCCAUGGCAGACAUCAAUUCCAGUAGUUCUCUGUCCACUAUAUUCUAUCUCACUGGAAUUCCUGGAUAUGAGGCACUAUACCACUGGAUCUCCAUCCCUUUCUUCAUUCUCUACAUGAUUGGAAUAAUGGGAAACUGUACCAUCCUUCAUAUUGUCCGGACUGACCCAAGCCUCCAUGAACCCAUGUAUUAUUUCUUGGCCAUGCUCUCCCUCACUGAUAUGGGCAUGUCCCUUCCCACACUUGUAUCUGUCUUCAGAGUGUUGUGGUCCAUCUCCAAUGAGAUUGAAUUCAACACAUGUGUAAUACAGAUGUUUUUUAUUCAUACUUUCUCCUUAACAGAAUCUGCAGUGCUCCUAGCAAUGGCCUUUGACCGCUAUGUAGCCAUCUGUCAUCCCCUGAGGUAUUCCACCAUCCUCACCCCAAAGCGCAUCAUUAAGAUUGGAAUAACAGCUUUUUUGAGGAGCUCUCUCACCAGUACUCCACCAUUGGUCAGUCUUGCAUACUUUCCUUACUGCCAUUCUCAUGUUCUCUCUCACUCUUACUGCCUACAUCAGGAUAUGAUUCGCUUGGCUUGUGCUGACACUAAAUUUAAUGUCAUCUAUGGAGUGGUUGUGAUCAUUAUUCUUCUCUGGGGAUUUGAUGCCUUGGGCAUUCUGAUUUCUUACAUCUUCAUUCUCCGUUCUGUACUGAGUAUUGCAUCCCAGAAGGAAAGACUCAAGGCUCUCAACACAUGUGCCUCCCACAUCUGUGCUGUUCUCAUCCUUUAUGUGCCCAUGAUUGGUCUAUCUGUUGUUCACCGUUUUGCAAAACACACCUCUCCCCUUGUCCAUAUUUUCAUGGCUCAUAUCUACUUGUUGGUGCCCCCCAUACUCAACCCUAUCAUUUACAGUGUGAAGACCAAACAGAUUCGGGUAGGGAUCAUUCGUCUACUUCUCCCUAAGAAAAUCCACUCUACCUGGGGGUAGGUUGUGCCAAAAAAUAAUCUCCAUCACACAAGACUCAGGACUUAAAUUGUAUGCGAUCAUUUUCAUUCUAGCAAGGAAAAGGAUCUUCUAGCUAGGGGAAGAGAAAAAAAUGGAAGAGGGAGGGAAUAUUGU